AUGCUCGUAGCGGGGGGUGUCCGAUGGAGAGGCCAGAAACUGAAGGGCUGCUUACACAGCUGGGGAGGACAAAUACGCAGACAGAUCAGUGACAAAAUAACCAAAGAAGUAAUAACGCACAGUUAUGAUAGGAAAAAAUAUGAACAGAAUGUACACAUGUACGACACGUGCAAAAGCUAUGUGGACGCCAAACAGAAGACCUUUUACGACUACCUUAAGGAGGAGACGCCCAUACUACUGCCCACCAUACGGGGGGGGCGGCAUGCUCCCCCUCGGAAAAGGAACAAGGGGGAUGAAGUGGAACUGGGUGGCUGCACACAAGGAGGGACCCCAACGGGAGGGCACUGUGACCCCACGGGGAGUGAACAGGUAAAGGUAAAAUACCUGUGCGAGUACAAAAAGUGGAGUAGGCUCAUAAGCAAAAGGGGCAGCAAUAAUCGUGCGGUCGAGGAAGACGCAGAAGGGGAAAUCCAUAUGGCCGCCGCGAACUAUGAAGAGGAAAAGACGGGGGAAAAACUCACACAUGAGAUAGCCCCACAGAUUAGCGGCGAAAAGAAGAACCACAUGAGUGAUGCUCUAACGCACACCCCCGAUGGGCUUACACACAUCAGUGACGAGCUAAAGCACAUACGCAUCGACAACAGUAAGCUGUUCCGCCCAAGUGAGAAGGCGGAAGGAUGCCUCGAAAUGAAGGUAACCGAGUACUGCUGGCACGAAGGGCUGUGCAGCUCCAGAUUCGCUUUCAACAAUUUGAGGAGAGGCAUCAUCCAAGUCAACGGUCAGGUAGUGUUCCAAAAUGUAUCAAUUUCCCCGGGGAAGGACAGGGUGGAGCUAACCAAAGCUGGCAGAGAACUCCUGAGGAACAAAAACGUAACCAUCAUUUUGAACAAGCCAAAAUAUUACCUGUCCAUUUUGAAUGACCACAAGACAAAUAAAAAACUGCUAGCCAGAAAUUUAAUAAGAAAUGAAAAUAAAUUCAUUGAGGAGGAACACAAAUGUAUGAGUUAUUUUAUUAACAGAAAUUUGAACAUCGAAAAGGUCAAUAAGUUAUAUGUGUGUGGAAGGCUGGAUGCCAACUCCACUGGCCUCCUAGUCUUUACGCAGAAUACCCUCAUCUGCAGUUAUUUGCUAAACAGGUACAAAUACCUAGUGGAAAAGGAAUACAUAGUCGAAGCGGCCGACCCGAUAGAAGAAGUUCAUAUGAAACGUUUGCGCGAAAAUGCCCUGGUGGAUGGUAAGCUGAUAUAUAAAUGCCGCAUACAGUACGUGGACUGCUUUACGCUGUCCUUUACGCUUUACCAGGGUUUUCAUAAAAUUAUUAGGAAGCUGUGCCUCCUUUCCAACAUCAAAAUUAGGGCCCUGCACAGGGUCAGGAUUGGUGGCAUUCACCUGAAGGGUUUGCCCCUCGGCAAGUGGCGCUUCCUCAUGCCCAACGAGUCUUUUUUUUUGUAA